CAUGGCAGCCCUCAUGCUCACCUCCAUGCUGUAGUUGUAACUUGUACACUACAUGUACAUUGCUUUAUUCAAGUUCAAGAAAUCAACUGAAUUAAUAGGUGAAAGCCAGAAUUACAAGUAGUAAUCAGUCAUCCUCCACUCAACAUGGGUUUCUUGGGUUACUCAGAUGUGAUUCGUGAUGGUGACAAGGCCAUCGUUUACCUGGGCUAUAAUGCCAUGAUGCCACUGAAACUCAGCCAUGGCACAGUCACGCAGACGAGGCGAGGUGCCCUGCGACAUUCGGAUAUCAUCGGCAAGAAGUACGGCUGUCGUCUCAGCACGCUCAGUGGCAAGGGUUAUGUACAUCUUCUGCAGCCUACCCCCGAGCUCUGGACCCUCAAUCUGCCCCAUCGAACCCAGAUCUUGUACUUUGCCGACAUCAGCCUCAUCACCUUACAGCUGGAGCUUAAACCAGGCUCCGUUGUGGUGGAAUCUGGCACUGGAAGUGGCUCGGUCUCCCACGCCUUCGCUAGGACUAUAGCACCAAGCGGCCACCUGCACACAUUCGAGUUCCAUGAGCAGAGAGCCCAGAAGGCCAGAGAGGACUUUGAGGAGCAUGGCAUCUCACACCUGGUCACCGUAGCUCACCGUGACGUCUUGGAGCAAGGCUUUGGAAUCGACUUCACCGUUGACGCCGUAUUUUUGGAUCUGCCGUGUCCGUGGCGCGCUUUGUCUCAUGCUAAGAAGAUCCUAAAAAGGAGUGGAGGCAAGAUAUGUUCCUUCUCACCCUGCAUUGAGCAGGUGCAGCGAACCUGCGAGGAACUGCGCAGCCUGGGGUUCAGUGACAUCUCCACCUUGGAGUGUCUCCAGCGAAACUUUGAGCAUCGCACUGUUACUCUGCCUUACCCAAACCUGGGCAAAAACACCACAGGGGAUGGUUUCAAGCAGACCGGUCCAAAUGUCGAUGACGGCUGCCCGCCACAAGACAACGUAGCAGUGGGGACAUCAAUGGACGGUGGACAAGGUGAACGAGACACAGAUGCUGCCUGCAGAACGUCCACCCCUGAGGCUGCCCUACCCCUUAACAGACAGGGCGAGACGGACCAGGAGAGCGAUUGCAAUGGUGGGGAGUCUCGAGCGAAGAGACCCAGGCUGUCCGAGGGGGCAACACAGGACAAGAAGGGGGCAAGUCAGUCCUACCCCACCAAGUGUGCUGUCCCCUGGAAGGACAUGCCGGGACACACUGGGUUCCUGACAUUCGCAACCCUUUACAUUUUACCGAGUGGAUCAUGAGUUGGAGAGGUCGCUCAGUGGCCCAGAUAGUGACACCUAAAAUGAGAAGGUAGCAAAUGCAGAUGACCAUACUCAGAAAGUAUCAUUGGCGGGAGGUUUAUUAAGGGACAUCAAAAGCUGUGGUACUCGCUCGGAGUAUUAACCUAAAGUGGACUCUCAUCUCAUUGAGAGAAAGGAAUGUACUCAAGGUCUUUAGGCCGAGGGAAAUACAUACUUUGAUAUUUUAAAGACCAGAAUUUGGAACAGGUGGCAGGAUACACAGUGACCACCAGUUCUCGGAAUGAGGAGUCAGUGUGGGCAGUCCAUCUUAUAGAAGAUAAUAACUUCCACUCUAGGAACACGUUAUUGUAGGCUGGAAAGGGACAUCCAGUGUUACAAAGCUAUAUCACAAUUUAUUAACUCUUCCUUCAAAAAUUAAAGCAUAACACAACAUUAGAAUGUAACUGGUGGUUUCAGAUCAAAUUUACAAUGUACAAAGCAUUUCUUAAGGCAGUUAGACAAUACCAAACAAUUGCUUCUAAAUGCUGAAAACUAUACAGACCUGAAUUGCAAAAGUAAAAUUCUAGGUGGGUAAUAGCUGGACGGAUGGAAACCCAAGCUAGAAACAAUGAAAUGCACGUUUGGUGCGGAAAUGGACUAUGCAAUAUGCAUGGAAGGCAAUCAUUCAAACAGAAUCAUAUAUAUUUCAUUUUAUACACAACCAUGUUAUGUACAUUUAUCAGUGGACGGACAGCUUUCUUUUGCCAUGGCAUCUACAGGUUGAAUGGUAUUAAACCCACAUUUAUACUUGA